AUGAGCGAAGCCCUGCAGGCCAUCGCCAACACGAACGCCAGCAUUGCCGGCACGGACUUCAAAAACUCAGGCAUCUUCACCAACUCCUUACUCAAGACAACAGAUACAACGCAAAUCAUAAGGGAUAUCAGAGAUGAGGAGGUCGUUUUCUUUCAGGGAAAGAAGAUGGUGGACAUUGACUAUGAGCUCAUCAACAACUCAGGCUUUAGCACUUCCGACGGCUUUGCCCAGCAUGAGUUCUACAAACUUUUGGAGGACGAGAUCAGCACCGCUUCCAGCCUAAACGAGAAAUUCGACGCCCUCUUGCCGCCCGAGUUCAGAGACAGCCACGAGUACGCGACUGACAUCGACAACAUGCGUAGCAUCUACAAGCGUACCCACAUCAUUGCCAAAAUAUGGGCCUCCCCGACGGGGAACAUGCUCGACCACGAGACAAACCGAAUGUUGGAAAACGUCAAGGCUCAGCUGGACGCCCUGUUGCAAACCCUUCAGGAAGUUUCCGAAUGCCAGGCGCUGCUAAAAAAGCAGAAAAACGAGUUGAACCAGUCAUACGAAUCCAAGGAGACUUGA